AGGAGCUGAGCGCGCUAUUCUUCUACGCUACAAGGAAGAGAAUCGCAGGAAGGGGGAGAAGACCCUCGUACAAACAAAUACAUGAAGGGAGAGGGAGCUUUACAAACAAUAUUGCACCCCAAAAGCUGAAGAGAGAUUUCUAGAAGUCAAGAGAACAUCUACUGUUAUUUGUUCCCAUUGAUGGAUCAUAAAGUGAUCAGCAUUUCAUUAUUUCUCCUAAGACCUUUGAAACUUCUACAGAAGAACUCUGACCAAAGCCAGCAAGUGAGCUGUCUCAACCUGGAACACUGCACAGCUGACUGAAUGUGACACCAGCUGGUUUCAUUCAUCGCUGAAGACAAACUCAAGAACAUUCUAACUCAUUGGUCUGCACUGGUGAAACUUGACAGCUGUACAGGAAGAUGGCUGCUAGCAAGGCAAAAAAUCAGAGUUCUUUGGCCCUCCACAAAGUAAUCAUGGUUGGUAGUGGUGGUGUGGGCAAGUCAGCCCUUACACUUCAAUUUAUGUAUGAUGAGUUUGUUGAAGACUAUGAACCUACAAAGGCUGAUAGUUACAGAAAGAAAGUAGUUCUGGAUGGUGAAGAAGUCCAAAUAGAUAUUUUGGAUACAGCAGGACAAGAAGAUUAUGCAGCUAUUCGAGACAACUACUUUCGUAGUGGAGAAGGUUUUCUUUUAGUCUUUUCCAUAACUGAGCAUGAAUCCUUUACAGCAACAGCAGAAUUUAGGGAACAGAUCUUACGUGUGAAAGCUGAAGAGGACAAAAUACCUUUGCUUGUGGUGGGAAAUAAAUCUGAUUUGGAGGACCGUCGACAAGUGCCUGUAGAAGCAGCCAGAAGUAAAGCAGAGGAGUGGGGUGUGCAAUAUGUAGAAACAUCUGCAAAAACCAGAGCAAAUGUAGAUAAGGUGUUCUUUGAUCUAAUGAGAGAGAUUAGAGCCAAGAAGAUGUCAGAAAACAAAGACAAGAAUGGCAAGAAAAGCAGCAAGAACAAGAAGAGUUUUAAAGAGAGAUGUUGCUUAUUGUGAUCUCCAUCAGCCAAACUUACAGGCUGUGGAAUUAACAAGACAUUUUACCAUUAAGGGUAUAGAGGACUGGAUUUAUGAAAGGAAAUCUGGAGCCCAUAGGUGUUCCCACUCACAUAAUAGACUUUUUGAAAAUGCAAAACUUGGUUUAAAAAUUGUUUGGAAGUCAACAAAUCUAUGUACUGAAAUGGAUGAUUCAUGAAAACAACUGUUGAUAUAUCAAUGUUGCCAGCAAACAUUUCUCUGGCUAUUUGGUCUGCCAGAUAACAGUACGAUUGCUCUGAAGUUGUCUCUUCAUAUUGCUCCCAGUGAUGUUCCCUCAAGCAGACUCUUUUUCUGUCAGGCAUAUUCAAAGUGGUUACUUCUCAUUCAAGUUCAGCCAAAGUUUUCCAGCAUUCUUACUUGGCUUCAGUUUUGGUGCUCCUAUGAAGGCAUAGACAUCUAGCCAUUAUUUUAAAAAGGAGAGUUGAAUUCUUCCUGGUCUUUGAAAUUUGCACACAACUUUUAUCAAGCAUGCUAUAAGUCAUUCAGAUCUACUCUUUUGCCAACAUAUUGGAUGGACAUUAAAGACUUAAUCCCUUAAAAGGAAAGGUCCAGCAACGAAUCGGAGUAUCUGUCAUUGAUACAGUAUUCCUGAAUUGAGCCUUUAUUUUCAGAACAUUAAUAGUUAUAAUCUGGAAAGUUUCAUAUUCAUUGUUUUGUUUCCUUCUUUUAAUUCUAAUAUUUUAUUGGGGUUAAAUGGAAGCUUAACAAGAUACGGCCUUUUUUUGUGGAGCUCCUAGUUUGCUCCCUUGAACAGCUCCCUCUUCGUCUGUCAGAUACUAGACUUUUUUCUCUUCUUCAAAGUUGCUAGUUCUUUGUUGCAUCACAGUAUUUUAAUAAUCAUACCAAUUCUCCUUUAAAGAAAUAUGAUGGGUCACAUUAUGAAAUCUAAUGAUUUUGAUUUAGUCUUCUGGUUAAAAUGGAAGUAAGGCUUUGUCUUUAAGAAGGCAGUUCACCUGUAACUUCUGCACACAGACUUCAUCAAAAUGAAUUGAGAUUAUAGACAUUGAAGGGGUUUGUGCAGGAAACAUUCCUGAAUGCUCUACAGAAGUAUUUGCUGUUCAGAUAUGAUUAGCUCCUCUUUCCUCUCUAAUGAAAUCUCGCUGUCCUACUUUUAAUGCCAAGUUUUGGAGUUGAAUUACUGAACACCCACUAGUGUUUUGAUGGAAUUUGUGGUGUUGGGGAGGAACUAAAGCAACAAAGUGGGAAGCUCUUUCAUGUCUUCAUAAUAGAAUUGUUCAAAAAGAUAAUUGAGUUAAUUAUGUGCAGUUGCCAAAAGCCUGACCCUUGUUGAAGUUGCACAGGUGGUUGUACUGCUGCUGAAGAACACUUUUAUACAGUUAUUAAAUGAAUCAUGAUGAAAGGUCUGGAUUGUAAAGGCAGCUAAAUAUAUUCACUAAAAAAUAA